AUGUCACCAUCUGCAGAAGUCACGCUGCCAAUCCGUGGGCAAAAUGGAACGCCUCAACAGAGAAUCGGGCCAAACGGGCUUGAUGCGUCAUCCUUGACUUAUGACUACACGACUGCGCCGAGGCCCGUUCCAGACGAAGCAACAGCAAAUGCGGCAGAGGAAACCAUAUGCACAGAUCAUAUGAUAACUGUACAAUGGAAAGCGUCCACAGGAUGGGAUGCUCCGAAACUCAAACCCUUUGGUCCUCUGAGCCUUUUGCCUACAGCGUCAGUCUUGCACUACUCGACGGAAUGCUUCGAAGGACUUAAAGUAUACCGUGGCUUCGAUGGAAAGUUACGCGUGUUCCGUCUAGAGCGCAAUGCUGCUCGUUUCCGCGUCUCUGCGCAGCGCAUGGCGCUCCCAGAUUUUGAACCGUCUGAGGUCAAGAAGCUUAUCAUGGCUCUCCUCUCUGUCGACGGAGAUCGAUGGCUUCCGAAAGACCGGUCUGGCAGCUUUUUGUACGUGCGACCUACUUUGAUUGGGACGCAUGCCAACCUCGGCGUUCAAGCCCCUAAAAAAGCCUUGAUAUACAUCAUUGUCUCGUUCAUGGCUCGAUUGGAUACAAUCGAGGGGGAGUUAAAGCUAUACACCAAUCCAGAAACGGAUGUUCGCGCUUGGGUUGGUGGGUUCGGGUACUGCAAGGUUGGCGCCAACUAUGGCCCGACGGUGGUGGCGACAAGUGAGGCCUCUUCCCAAGGGUUCCAACAGAUUUUGUGGCUCUACGGGGAGAACGGACAGGUCACCGAAGCCGGAGGCAGUAAUUUCUUCAUUGUGUGGAAGCGCAAAGAUGGAAAGAGAGAGUUGGUGACUGCUCCUCUGGACGACAAGCUCACCUUGGACGGCGUCGUCAGACGAAGCUGCCUCGAUUUGGCUCAGGAGAGACUGAUCGAAGAGCUCGAAACAACCGAACGCACGUACACCAUUGCGGAAGUUAUUGAGGCCUCUUCCGAGGGCCGCCUUCUGGAGGCUUUCGUCACUGGCACGGCAUGGUAUGUUUGCGCAGUCUCCCAGAUUCGUCAUCGUACUCAGGACAUCCAUGUUCCCAUGGGCUCACAGGGUGACGGUGGGGACGUCUGUAAAAAGAUCAAAGGAUGGCUGGGAGAAAUUUUAUACAGUGGAGUUGACCAUGAUUGGGCUGAGAUCAUUGAAGAAAGGCAGAUUGACUAG